AUGACAGAUAUUAUCCUUAAUGCUAAAAGCUCCACCUUGCGAAGAGUUCGCCUCAAACCUAGUCUGUCCAACACUUCGUUGCUCUACUCUUCUUCCAAUUGCUAUCUCAAUUCUACUCCCAUUAACAACUUUGUAUCGCCACUAUCACCACCGCCAUGUGCUUUUUCAUCCCCUUCUUCUUUGGGCACUGCUAAAUCAGCGGAUCGCGUACUGAAGCCCUCGUUACGCAAAUUGGAGACUAUUGGUUCUGAAUCUAUUGCCACAGCAGCCACCAUCAAAUCAGUUCAUUUUAAUGACCCUUUGACUCGAGUGGUUCAUUUUUAUACACCACCUCCAUUAGAUGAAUACGAUAAAUACGAUGAAGAAGAGACAGAGGAAGACGAGGAAGAAGAAGAACAAGAGGAAGAAGAAAGCAAACUGGAGGAUGCGUUUCUCGAGUUGUACAUGGUCAAUGGCUUACAGGAUGAAUGCGAUUCACUGGCUAUUGCUCAACCGCCAACAACAGACUCACUCGGUACCAACAACAGAGCUCUUGGUAGGGACAGCUUAUCACUUCCCAAUUGGCCAUUGACAAUCCACCCAGCAAGGCGUUUCAUCUCACAAAUGGUUAGUUUAGAGAGCCUUGUUUGGAACCAUUCGUUACAAGUAGUACAAGGACGUGUGUUGGUGCAUAACUUGGCUUUUGAAAAGAAGGUUCUUGUUCGCUGCUCGCUUGAUGAUUGGAAAACUUGGACAGAUAUAGACGCCUAUUACAAAGAACCUGCAUUUUAUGGUGGACUGUCAGAUGUUAGCAGUAACAGUGCAUUGGAUCGCUUCAUGUUUGACAUACAUGUACCCAACAAGCAUGCAUUUAGCUGUGACAUAGCCGUACGAUAUCAGACCCUGGGACAAGAGUUUUGGGAUAAUAACAAUGGAAACAAUUUUACUGUUCAGUCCAUGCCGCUUGAACCAUCAUUAAGAGAAAAACCAUUAUCGUUUUUGAAAGCCAUUAUGCAACAAGAACAUGGUAACAACAACAACAAUAAUAAUAAAAAAGGCUUGUCGACCAUUCCUACAUUAAAUUGUAUGGAGUAUCAAAAUGGCAUAGGUAGUAUUUAUCACCAGGAGAAGCUAAAACAGAGUUGCAGACACGGUUCCAGGGAUGACAUUGUGCCACAGCAGCCAACAGCAAAGACAACAGCAAAAACUAGAUAUGCACUGGAUAGAUUCAAGUUUUCAAAAUACGGGGCAAGUAAAAUACCUGCUGUAUCUAUUCCUGUGAGUAAAAGAUCGACGAUGCAGCAUCAACAACAAACGAUGGGCGCACAGCAUGUGGUUGUAGAUCUACCCGAACAACAAAACGGUAACAUCUAUGAUGCGUUGGCUUGUAGUAGCAUCAUGAAUAAUCAUGACGAGGCAGUUGAUUUGAAAGAAACACUGUACGCAUAG